CAGGAGGUGGUACUUGUUUUUUCUUUUUCCUUUUUUUUUUUUAGUUUUUAGUUUGUCUUGGCUUGGUAGGCUGUCCUGUCAGGUCUGUUCAUACGUACACGUUGAGCUCGAGAGGAACGGCUGAGCGGGAGAGCCAUGGAAGAGACGGGCGGUGCAAGUGCGUACGGGGCUUCGCUCGCUGGAGGAGGCUUCGACUUCUUUAAGUUUGUCCGACAGCCGCAAACUAUCGUGCGGUUCCUCAGCUGGAUAUUUGCCAUGGUGGUGUUUGCCUGCAUCACAACAGAGGGAUACAUCAACACACCCCACAGUGCCGAGGCAAAGUGCUUCUUCAACCAGAAUGACUCGGCAUGUCAGUAUGCUGUUGGCAUCGGGGUGAUUGCCUUCCUGGCCUGUGUGGCCUUUCUGGUGUUGGAUGUUUACUUGCCUUUCAUGAGUAAUGCACAGGAAAGGAAGUACGCUGUCUUGGCUGACCUGGGAUUCUCAGGGGUGUGGACCUUCCUGUGGUUUGUGUGUUUCUGCCUGUUGGCCAGUCAGUGGGGUCGCACUCAUGACGUCAGAGGCAUCCCUCAGGAUGCUGCACGCGCCACCGUGGCCUUCUCAUUCUUCUCCAUUGCUACCUGGGGAAUCCUAACUUACUACGCCUUGGGUCGUUUCCGUCGUGGUGUAAAUGAAGUCACCAUCCCAACCUACACGGAGCCGCCACAGGAUGCCCACAGCCCCUACCCUCCCAACUACAGCCCCACCUCCUACAACCCCACACCCUACACCCCUACCACUUACACAGCCUAUCCUAGUGGUGUGCCCGACCAACAGUCUCACUUCGCCUCGAACCCCCAGCCGCAAGGAGGCGUCGGCUACCAGCCACCCAAUUACUAGGUGGUGUCCCUGGUCCAUCGGCUGAUAGAAGGAUUUGGAGUUGCACUGCACAGACACAGAGCUAUAUCAUAUUGAUGUGGUUUUACAUUUGAUUUAACCCAUUUUUCCAAGUGUUGUCAGAUUUGGGAACCUGAGCAGUGCACCUGCAAGUCAGAGAUGAGGGGCACUGCAGUUUACUUCAACGGGGUCUGUGGUCAGAUCUUGAGACAUCAGGCUGAGUGUUGAGAUUAGUGCUGAUGAUUGGGUAAUCUGACUUUAGACCUCUGUGCAAAGAUGCAACUUUUACCUCAAAUGGGCUGAUCUUGAAGGGGAGAGGUAGAUACAACGCACCCAGGAGGUUAAAGGUCUCCUGAUGUGAUGUUAUGAAGCUCCAGUCAGAGUGGAAGAACACUGAGUGUGUUUCUCUUCACUCGCUGUUGGAGUCUGAGAAUGUGCGUUUGUACAUAGAUUUCACGAUGCAAAUUUGCCAUUUUUAUGGUUGUAUGUGCCUAAUUUCUUUUCUCAUUUGGUUUAGUGGAUUUUCUCCCUUCAGUACUGUUAUGUUGAGGACAUAUGAAGAGUUUAGGAUGUAUUAAAUUAAAUGUUUUUUGGGAGUAGAGUACAGUGGGAAAAGACCACUACAAAGCCAAAUGUCCCUCUGUGAUUGAGUUAUAUUGUGUGAAAUGUGGGCUCUGUAGAGAUUGUGCAGUUUGGUUUGUUAGCCAUAUAAAUAUAAAAUCACCUCUAAAAAAAAAAGGUUUUGUGGGUUAAGCAACCUUUGUGCUACAGUAAAAAUGACUCUUGUGUUCGCCAUCUCACCUAGCAAUGUUUUUAAGACCACUUAAAUCAAAACCAAAAUCGUUGUUGUUGACACGAAAAGCCAUAAAUACCACCCAUUCCCUUAAAGCUGACCAUGGCAAAUGUAACAGACUUGUGUUGGUGAAAAUUGGUUAAAUAUGCCAAACUGUAGAGUGUUCAUUGGACACCUAUACUCAUUGUUGCCCUUUAAACUUGUAGCUAACAUUCAGGUAGACAGGAGGGAGGGGGAAUGUAGAUAACUAUGCACUUAUUGAACGGGUCUAUCCACUGAGCAUGUCUUCAUACUGAAGAGUAACUCAUUAACUACCAGCAGCAAUGCUUCCUCUUCAGUCUGUGAACAGCGAGGCCCUCACACUUCCUCCAAGGUCUUGGUGACAUUUAGUUUUCAGAACACUGAUAUUUAUCUGCUGUAUACAGGCUUCUUAAUCUAAACUGCUGAAGGCUCACUGCAGCGCGUGCGUGUCUUUACAGAUGACAGAUUAACACCUCAGCCUGCGAUGGUUGAGAAUCAAACGCCUGACCUGUCCUUACAAAGACUACUGGUUUACUUUGUUGCUUUGUGCCUUACAGUAAUAUGUUUAUCAGUUUAACACCUCAGCUGCCUUCUGGCUGUCGUAGCUCAGUCAAAAGAAAUUGAUCUCGGGCCAAAAGGUUGGCCUGAGAUCAGUUCCUUGUUGUGGGGAUGUGGGCUGAUGUUAGAUGUGCGUACGAUACAUCAGAAAUUGAAUGUUAUAUUUCUCGAACAUGAUACUGUUGAUGGUACUACACUGGAGAUGUGUAAUAGUGAAGAAAAAAAAAACAUUGUCUAUAUAUUGUUUAACCUUUAGAAGAAAACAUAUUUACGUAACUUACAGAACUCAAAUGAUGAAUUGUCUUCUGUGCUUUAAGGAGAGAAACUGAACAUUAAGGGUUCUGAGGGAAAGGAAAGUGAAUGAGAGUAAAAUGUGCCAUGAUUAAAUACUGAUGUUAAAUUUAGGUUAAACAGCUGUGUAUCACAGCUGCCGUCUCUGCUGCGCUUGAGUUAUUUUUGCUCAUUUUCAUGCUCUGGAAAAUCAGUGAAAUGUGUUCACUUGAAAUCAGUGUAUUCAUGUGACAGUGAAGUUUGUUAUAAUUUCCCAGCUUUAAUAACUCAACUGAUGGUGAAUUUCUAAAAUUGUGCAUUUAGACUUAAAAUCUCCAGCUUCUCCCUGCGCUGUAUUGUAAUGGUAACACUAGGUUAAAACUGGAUUUGAAAGGACUUAAUGUAUAUUUAAAGUAAAAAAAAAAAAAUGUCAUUUAAAUUAUACCAUUCAGUUUUGCGAACUUAAUUAUCUUGAUGCUUUGUUAGGUUCAAUUAUAUUU